AUGGCUUGCAGUAAGGAACUUUUCAACUGCUCCAUCUGCUUAGACUUACUUAAGGAACCUGUGAGGAUCACUUGUGGACACAGUUAUUGUAAGAAAUGCAUCAGUGCCUACUGGGAUACAAAUAAAAGAAAGAGAGAUACAGAUAGAUACAGCUGUCCCCAGUGCAGGGAGCCUUUCUCCCCAAGGACCGGAGAGGAACACACUUUAAAAAAACACAAUCUGAUUCAAGCCUCUUCAAGGAUCAAAGAGAGCAUCUGUGUCCGUCAUGACAAACUUCUGGAGAUUUUCUGCCGCACUGAUCAGCAGUUCAUAUGCCUGCUGUGUAGGAUGGAGGAGCACCGAGGCCAUGACACGGUGACAGUGGCAGCAGAACAGCGUGCAAAACAGAUUGAACUGGAUUGGACCCAACAGGAAAUUGCUGACAGAGUGCUGAAUUCAAAGGCGAAAAUAGCGGAACUGAAGCAGGCUGCAGACUCUAUAAGAGACGCUGCAUAUGAGGCAUGCGAUGACUUUGAGCAACUGUGUGAGGAACACAUCCGCUCUGUGGAGAAGAAGUGCUCUGAGAUGAGAGAGAAAAUUGGAGGUGCAGAGAAAGCUGGACUGGACCGGACCAACAGUCGUCUCAAGAAACUGGAGCGUGAAGUGUUAGAGCUGACGAGGCAAAAAAACAAACGCAAUCAGCUUUUACUAACAGAUGACCCCAUUCAGUUUCUGCAGGGUUUCCAGGCCCUGGGUGACCUCCCUGAGUCCACACACUCACAUGAACGACGCGACCUGACAGAGUUUGUCUCUGCACAGACAGAUAAACUGAAAAACAUGUGCAACAAAGAAAAGAAAGAAUUAUUCAGUCAUUCUGAAAAUAAUAAAGUGUCAUUGCCAGUGCUCAAAACUACAUCAAGGAAAUACCAUCUGACCAAACAUAAGGACUCCACAGUGGAGGUGGAUCCCAACACUAUAGCUGCAUGUCUUUGCUUGUCAAACAGAAACAGAGAGAUGUCAUGGGGUGAGACUAGCCAGGCUCAUCCUGAUCACCCUGCCAGAUUCACCGUCUACCCUCAGGCUUUGUGCAAAAACAAGCUUACGUACAGCCACUACUGGGAGGUGGAGUGGGAUGGUGGCAGUGUUGAUUUAGCUGUGUCGUACAAACGCAUUGAAAGAAAGGGUUCAGGGAAUUAUUGCCGUUUUGGCCACAAUAAGAUCUCCUGGAAAUUAACCUGCACUUCAUCUGGCUGCACGUUUUGGCACAAUAAUCUUCACAAAGGCCAGAUUCCUCCGGUUCUCUCCCGCAGAGUGGGCAUACACCUCGAAUACGAUGAAGGAACGCUGAGCUUCUACAGUGUUUCUGAUUCUGACACGCUGAAAGUGUUGCACCAAAUCAGGACCACCUUCACUGAACCUCUGUAUCCUGGGUUUUCUGUUGAUUUAGGCUCAACACUGAAAAUAUGCAACAUCUGAGCUACAGUUAAACAUGUGAGCUUCAGGAAUUCCUUCCAUUUCUGAUUCAGGAGAAGAGUAGGAAUGAUAUAUAAACAUAUGGAAAGUUUUACAUAUUUGAGCGUGCUUGAUUUAAGGUAAUUCAACAAAUUUGAUAUUGUUUCAUUUUAAGGCUUUUGUGCUUAAACACAUGAUUUCAUUAUUUCAUUUUCAUUAUUUACAAUGUAAUCAUCUUCUGCAAGCCCAAAAUCAAUCUGUAUUUUUAAUAAUCAAACAAAUCAAUCAAGAGGAGUGUUUUUGCUUUAGCUUAA